CUCCACGGCUGCCGCUUCCUCCCCCGGCCCGGACGGAUCGAAUGGAAUGAGGCGUCCGGACGGAUCGGAGCAGCCUCCAGCACGAGCAGGUCCGUCGUCCGUCCUUUUCCCUUCAACCACCGCACGAUCAGCCGCGAAUCCCCCCCUGCUGAAAAAGAGAGGCCUGAUAUAUUAUCCCGCUACCGCGGCAACAGCUAGCAGCUCACCGCACCGGCCGGCGGCGGUGCCGGAUAAUCCGCUGCUGAUACGCGCAAUAAUGACGCCGCCGUCGCCGGAGAUCGCGAGCUGCGGCUCGUCCCCGGAGGAGGACCCGUCGUCGCUGCCGGCGAUCGCCCACGACGACGAGCGGCGGCUCCUGGUGGUGCAGGUGGUCCCGAGGGGCGUCUCUGACGGGCUCCUCGGCAAGUUCGCGGACACGAGCGCGUUCGACUUCGACUACGACCGCAGCGGGCUCUGGUCGCCGCUGGUGCUGCGCCACGAGGUCCUGCUCCUCGCCGCGCAGCCGUCGCCGUCCCCGGGCCACGGCCGGCGCCGCGGCGGCGGGCGGACACGGCGGCGGUGGCGCCGGAAGCGGAGGAAGGCGCUCUGCUGCUGCUGGGGAUGGUGGUGACAGUGCAGUGUGGGCUACGGAUGAUCCAUCUGAAUGCUGCUGAAUCUUCGCAUUGCAACAUGUAUGCAUGCUGCGUUCGGUGCUGCAAAGCCCAAAUGCAGGGCGACAUGUGUCAUGCAGUUCUUCAAGGGCAGUACGUACACCGCCUUUUCUGUGACUGUGCUGAUCAUUGUUCUUGGAGGCAUGCAUCUGGCGUUCGGAUGCACCCUGAUCAUGUAAUUACCUUUUUUUUCUGUAGCGUUAUUUUUGGUCUGUGCAGUGGUAUUUUAUAGGCUGAUGCAUGCCUGCACCGUUGCAUCUGGCAACAGACAGAACUGAGGUCACAAAUAUAUGCGCUAUAAAAGUCCCCCAAAUCGAAUGAGUGCAGAAA